AUUCAACGUAAUAUUUUCGCGUGUUUGUUGACCUCAUUGAAAGCAAUGGGUGAGCAGAAGGCGUAUCGUUUGGAGGGUGAAGCGUUGCAGAAGGCGAACAUCAAUCUGAUUGUACCUUAUAUGGCGAAUUCGAAUCCGUUGUUGAGGUGUGCAGCUGCAGAAGCAAUGGGACGACUGGCACAAGCCGUUGGUGACGCUCAGUUUGUCGCAAGUAUGGCACAGUUUAGUUUCGAUAAACUGAAGUCGUGUCGAGACGCGAUUAAUCGAACCGGAUUUGCGUUAGCGUUGGGAUCACUGCAUCGAUACGUGGGAUCGUUAGGGAGUGGUCAGCACCUGAAUACGAGCGUAUCCAUAUUGCUGGCGCUGGCACAGGAUGGAACAUCUGCUCUGGUUCAAACAUGGUCAAUCCUAGCGUUGGGACUUAUCGCAGACACUGGCGGUGGUAUGUUCAGAGGAUAUGUGGAGCCAAGUUUGAGUUUGUGUCUUAGAUUGCUACUGACCACGCCAACGGCUAAUGUGGAUGUUUUGCAGUGUGUUGGGAAAUUGGUGAGUGUUUGA